GCUGCUCGCUCUGCAUCCUCAUCGUCCUCCUCCUCCAGCUCGUCCUCCUCAUCCGCUCCCGAGUCCAAGACCUCGACCGCAUCCACAUCUCCUCCGCAAUCUUCAGCAGCAGCUACUCCCAACCAGACCAUGCCCGAGGGCUGGGAGGACAAUGCCGAUUACUCACAAAUCACCGCCUUCUCGCAACUCCCCCACCGUUACUUCGGCACCAAUCAACAUAUCAAGAUCAAUGAAGACUUCAAAGAAGCCAUGCGCCAGGUUCUAUGGCAGUUCCGCGCUCCAAUCCGUUACGCUUUCGCAUACGGAAGUGGUGUCUUCACUCAGGCCACCAACCAGUCAGCAACCAACGUCGCCCAAUCCUUUUCCCCUCACCCUCAUCCACCCGAGGCCGUCACAAAAUGGCAAGAAGGUGGUGGAAAGAUCAUCGACUUUAUCUUUGGUGUCUCUCACACAGAGCAUUGGCAUUCUACCAACAUGCGUCAGAAUCCCCAUCACUACAGUUUCUUGAAGAGCUUGGGUUCUUGGACCGUCUCCAAAGUACAGGACAGCUUCGGUGCUGGAGUUUAUUUCAACCCUUACAUCACCGUCAAUGGUGUCAUGAUCAAGUACGGUGUCGUCAAUAUCAACACCAUCUGCAAGGAUCUGAGCGACUGGGAUACUUUGUACCUGGCUGGUAGGCUUCAAAAGCCCGUCAAGAUUCUCAGAGAUGAUCCAAGAGUCAGACUCGCGAACCAGAUUAACCUCAUGUCUGCAGUUCGUACUGCUUUGCUGAUGUUGCCCGAAAAGUUUACCGAGAGAGAACUCUACACAACUAUCGCUGGUAUUUCUUACAUGGGCGAUCCUAGAAUGAACCCUCGAUUCGGAAGUGAGAACCCUCGCAAGGUUUCCAACAUUGUCGAUGCACAGCUGCCUAGCUUCCGCCAACUCUAUGUUCCCCUCAUCGAGAAUCUGCCUAAUGUGGAUUUCAACGACUCAAGAGUCCCUCUAGAACCUGGGUGGCAGACAGAGGCGGCUUUGCAGCAAGACAUGGACCCCAAGCGCCGAGGAAACAUGGUUCGCCGCCUCCCCAAGAGUUUCCGCCAGAAGCUCUACUGGAACUACCAGAAAAAGUUCCAGAUUCCUGGCUCAGCAUUCGACAAAGUCAUCGAAGAAGCCACAGACGAAGAUUCUAUGAGUAUCAGACGUCGUGAGGGUGGUGACUUUGAGCGUCGCAUCGGCACCCAGGAUGACCUCUCCGAGGCUGUAGGUGACUGUAUCAAGAAGACCAUCAGCUGGCCGAGUACAAGCCAGUCUCUGAAAGGUGUUCUUACUGGUGGACCAACUCGUUCUUGGAAGUAUCUCCAGGAGAAGCGCCAAAAGGGCAAG